AUGGAAACAGAAGAAGCGCUGCAUAAAUCAAGGCCCAACCCCAGCAGCUCUAUGAGCGCAUACCAGAGCAAUGGCGUGUCUUACCAUCCAUUGUCUAAUGGCGUCCCAUCUCCUCCUCAUUGCCGUUCAGAUUCACAUCCUGGACCUUUCAUGCCCACACUACCGCCUGGUUCGUGCCUCUUGUGCUACAAUCCCAACGUCGAUGUGAUGCUAGAGCCUUGUCAUCACCAAUUUCACGCUGGGUGUAUUGAACGCACACUGACUAAAGACAAGGUUUGUCCUACUUGCUGGAUGCCGAUUCAAGCGCCACGUCGCUUGAUACAACAGCAGUAUGCGGUACAAGUGGAAAAGAGCACUCAUCAAGACUCUGGGUAUAUCGUUGAUAGCAAGUCACAAGUGCUGGAUGGUCCUACUUCAAAUGCUGCUGGUGGAGGAACUCCAACUGGUAAUGUCACUACUAAACAACAGACAGCUGCAGCUAUGCGCAAAGGCAAGUGGACGGCUGAGGAGAGUGCCUACUGUGAUCGCUUGAUUGAAGAAUUUAAAAAAGGGAAUUUGCCUUUAGCUGAGGGUACAACACUACGCACCUUUUUGUCCAAACUUCUUAAUUGCGACCCGAUGCGUAUUUCAAAGAAGUAUACAGGCGACCAGUGCAUUGGCAAGAUUAUUUUUCGACGACGGGAUGACGACGUCUCGACGGACGAUAUGGAAAGUAUUCGCAAAGAACUUGCCGAGUUAGAAAAGACAUACUUAGAGCGAGAGCAGUAUAAUCAGCGACGACGUGAAAAACGACUUGAGUCAGAGCUUUCCAGAGAUAAGAAUCGUGUAGUAGCUGCUAGAUCUAUUGGAUACGCAGCAAGCGGAAAUCCAUCGGCUAUGACAUCGCCACAUUCGCAACACCAACAUCAACAAGGAUAUUUAAGCUCUUUGAUGACAAAACAGGAGCCUCGUUCGGUUUCAUUACAGCAACAGGUUAAUCCAGGGUAUGGUGUCUCUAGUCGACCUAAUGGCAUGCCUGUUCAGCCGCCACUUCAUCCGCCACAACAGCAAGGCCAUACACCUGUGUCUCCUCACGUAUAUAGUGGUGACCAAAUGCUCGGGCCUGUAAGUACGCAAACACAGAGCCAAGGCCAACAGAUGCCGUCAGCUCAUGUCCCGGAACACAAACCUUUACACUGCGCCACAAUCGAUGACAACUCGGGCGAUGUUUUUCCUCGCGUGUCGUCAAUUGACAGCUUCUCUUGUCUCUUCCCUCGAGUGGCAAGUCUUGAAAACUUUCAGCACACGGCGUCUUCCGGAUUUGGUUUUUUGCAUCCAAAUGCUUCGUACGCGAUGACAGAAAGUAUCAGCACGAUGAUUAACAGUGGAUUCGAUCCUCAUCAUACUGGACUGCCGAAACCGUUGUCUAUUAGCGAGGGUUUAAACGCGUAUUUCCCUCGAAUUCACUCACUAGAGCAAUUGUCCAAUCUAUUGCAGGAUCACGGUCCUAGCAGCCCUCGAGGAGCGCAGACCUCGCGGGAUUCAUCAGAUAAUAUUAACAAUAGGCAGCCUGAAGAACAUUCCGCUACAUCUGGCGUUCGGCGACGGCUCGGUGAGGUCAUUGUUAAGGAAGAGCAGCAAGAAGACCCAGAUACAGAUGGUCAAUCCACUUCUGAAAUUAACAAUACCAAUGACAGUAGUAUGUCGACGUCGACAAGCUCGGGAGCGACCAAGCGUCUCAGUCCUAGUCACAAUGUUGCAUCUUCCUUAAGCUCAGGUAAUCAAAUACAGGCUCCCAAACCUGUGCAUAAGAUGCCGCGUAGCUCUUCGGGGAUUUUUCCACGUGUGCCAUCGAUGGAUGCAAUGCCUCGUGUGCCUUCAACAGACAAGAUCCCUCGUGUCGCAUCGCUAGAUAAGCUCCCACGUAUUCCGUCAAUGGACAAGCUUCAUACACUGGGUAAUGGUGAGCAGCGCAUUCCGAGAGUGCCGUCUACCGACAAGAUAUCUCGUGUACCGAGUUCAGAUAUGCUGUCGCGGUUUGGCGCUGGCGACCUCAGCAGUUUCCCAUCAUUCUCCAACCUCAGCUCGUUAUCAUCUAGCACUUCGUAUGAAAAGUUGAGUUCUCUUAGUGGGUUUAAAUCCGGAUUCCCGCGAAAUUCUUCGAUUGAAGAUAUAUUAUCCCUGGUUGCGUCAUCUGAGUCAACAGGCUUGCCGCUAAAUGCGCUUGCAGCAGUAGCUGGCGAGGAGUCAUCGCACUAUGAACGGAAACGUCGAUUAGAAAACCCGCAGCAAGACACUUCGUUGACUGCAGAUCACAAAAAGAGUAAAUUGUCGGCGUGA